GCCAGCUCAGGGGGAGGUCCGGGAGAGGUCAGGGAGAAAGGGUGGGAAAUCGACAUGUCACCUUGAGCUGUGCCUGCAUUGGGGAAAGAUCGUGCGUCAGUUGCUGCUUUUCCAGGGAAGAUUUCCAGGCUCCACUACGGUUUGGAUUGCAUUGGUAGCGUUAGCUGGUGGCAGCUUGACGCUCAUGCAGGGCUACGCAGCUUUCAACGAUGAGCUCUUCGAUGUCAUGCGCGAAGCCCAGGAAGCCUCGUCUGACGACAGCAAUGGCGAGGACUCGCAGGCUUCCUACGGUGAGGAUGUGUAUGAGGAUGAUCAUGGUCCCGGCCAACGUGGUGAAGAAGAAUGUCUGACCCAUGAUGGUAGUGUGGAUCCGGAUGAGGCACCAGGUGUAGUUCCACCGAGACCUUUGCCAGGUGCCAAUGAUGGUGAAGACUAUGAGAUUGAUGAGAGCUAUUACCCAGAGUAUGCGGCCAUCCCUGAAGAGUACGAGGCUCAUGAGUAUGACGAUGCUCCUGCCGCUGAGGAGGACGUUGAGUAUGAGUACGAUGAGGAAGCUGCAACUGAAACUGGUGCUGAUUCCGCGGCUGCUUCAUCUCCUCAGUCCUCAGCAGAUGUUCUUUUGGAAGUGGCCAAUGCCCUGACGGUGACAAGUCAGCGCCUGGCGGAGAUCACCAAGGCCAGGGGCUAUUACAAUGUCAAGGGCGGUAGUGGCAAGAGCAAGGGCAAGAGCAAGUCGAUCAAGGGCAAAGGCAAGCCGAAGGGUAAGCCUAGUAGCAAGGGCAAUGGCAAAGGCGGUGCAGCUCCGGCAUCUUCUGCCGGCAAGGGACGUGGUGCACCCGGUGUCACUCCUUCCAAGACCAACUUGGACUUGCAGAAGCAGAGAUUGGCAGAUGCGACCUGCCUGGGUUGUGGAAGCCCAGGCCACUGGCUGAAAGACUGCCCAAAGCAGUCCAGGUUUUCAGCUCAGGUUGCCUCAGUUGGCGUGGUGCUGGAUGCCGACGGCAAUGCAGUUUCUAGCAGUUGGAUGACUUCUUGCGACGAGUCUGACAAAAAGGAGCUCGUGCGCUAUCAGCUGCCGGCCUUGACCGAGGAUUUGAAUGAGUUUGAUUUUGACAUGAAGCGUUUUCCUGAUGCGUGGUCGCCAUCUGCAGCAGUGUUGGAUGAAGCGACUCUGAGACCAUCACUUGCUCCUUCGCGACCACCGCCUCAUGCCCGCCAGAGCCAGCGUAGCCCAGACGUUGGGACGAUGGCGCAAUCUGCUGAGCCAUCUCAUGGAGAUCGUCUAAAUGACAGGGCCCGGCCUUCGAUGGACCAGAUUUACAACACGCCAGUCAGCGAGAUGACCGACGAGCAAGUGGCGCUCCUUCAUCAACGCUGGGAAGAGCUGAUGGAGCGGGACCGCCUGGCCCACGACUACGACUGGGAGAACCGCGAAGCAGAUCCUAUGGAUUGGCUGCAGGAAGAUCAGUAUGUGCCGGGCUGGCCCAAUCCGGCCGAGCAGCAGUUGGAGGAGGACAAGGGCAGUUUUGUGAUGCGAGCGGGACUUCAGAAGAGGCUUUUGGGCAAUGUCAAACAGGUGCUGAACACUUGGAGCUUUGAGAACAAGGCUUAUGAUCGCGGUGUUCAACAGGUGCGAGCUAUGCGGAAGUUUCAACAUGAUGUGGUGGAGAUCUUUGGUGGCUUCGCCAAUAUAACCGCAGAAGCUCUUGAACAAGGACUGCGAGCCUUGCAACCGGUGGACAGCAUCUAUGGUGUUAGCCUCGUGAAAGCCUCUGACUACAAGAAGCUGUGUGAUUUGCUGCGGGAUCGAAGGCCCUUUUUGGUCGUUUGGGAGAUCAGGUGUGAUCCCUGGUCCAACAUCAAUCAUUUGAACUUCUCUGCCGAGGAGCUUGAAGCCUUGCGAGCCGAGCACUAUGAGUCUCUCAAGGGCAUGUGUGACACCAUCAUCAAACUUCAUGAGGAGUUGGGUAUGCAUUUUUUGCUGGAGAAUCCAUGGGGGACCCCUUUUUGGAAUCACCCACAGAUCGAGCGUUUGAUGAAUCUUCCACAUGUCACGCUUCGCAAAGGUUCUAUGUGCCGUUUUGGUUUGAGAGGCAAAGAGGGGCACUUGAUUCGCAAACACACAGGUUGGCUCUCAGAUCUUUCAGAACUCCUUGACGAGUUGGCCUUGGAAUGUCCCGGACAUGGACAUCAACAUGAGCAAUGUCUUGGGGGCAACUCCAAGCGAGCCCAAGUGUACACUCGUCAGUUGGCGAGAGCUGUAGUCAAAGGUCUGAAGAGAGCGUUGGCGAGGUCAGGAGACGAGAGGUUUAUUUUUCCAGAUGCAGUGCGUUUUUCAUGGACAUGUGGCCUUUCUUGUACCUCGCCGCACCAUUUGGCUGAUGAAGCCUGGACAAGUCACUGGAGUCCAGCCUUCUACCAGGCUUUCUAUUUGGAUGUCGACCGCACUGAAGAGUCAUGGCGUCCCAUCCUUCAAGAAGUCGAGAAUCGGCUCGAGGGCAAAGUCGCCAACUCUGCCAUCGUAAAGCCUGGUACUGCCUUCUAUGCUCAGAUUCAGGACUUGGUGCCCUGGUCAAUUCAUCAAGUUCAGAUUUGUCGGACCCCAAAGGUCCGACGCACUCCACAUCAGCUCAUGUUGCAGAAGCCUGUGACACACAGGGCAGCAGUGCUUCGCUUCGACAACGGUCGUUUGCAGGUUGAGACGGAGGAAGCUCAGCAUUUCAGCACUACAAGGUUUGAGGCGCCAGUGCGGUUUGCAGUUUUCAUCUAUGGAGAGGCCCCUCAAACUAGUUUGAACCCUGAGGAAAAUGCCCAGAAUGAAGGCCCAGAGGCAGCCAGAUCCUCAGAUUCUGCUGCUCCCAAGACCUUGGAACCUGAAGAAGUUCUGAUCUUGGAUGAACAUGGACAGCCCGUGCAUGAUGAAGCAUCUGAGGCUGUAGUACUUCCUGUACCUGUUCCAGUGCAAGAACUUGAACCUUCUGGUGCUGCAGAAGAUGAGGUGAAAGAAAAGUCCAGCGAGCAGCCUGGGGAGGUGAGAAACCCAGCUACUCCUGGCUUGGUGUUUUUGCCACCAACACCUGUGCCUCCACCUCUAUCUGGUUCACCUGCUCUUCCUGCAAUACCUGAAGAGUCCAUUAGCGAUGAGCCCAAUGCACCCACUGGAUCAGAGACAACAACAAGUCAGUUGAAGCUGGAGGACCAACCACCUGCCAUAGAGGAUAAACCAGCUUCCGCUGCUUCCAGCGCCACGUCCAGGAAGCGUGAAGCGGCAAAGCCCCCCAGUGCAGUUCCCUCAAGGGCAUCUUCACGAAGAUUGUCGUUUGAGGAGAAGGGAACGAAAAGGGAGGCUGAACAGACCACUGAGCAGCUCCGCGAUACUCAGGGCACAGAGGCUGUCGAGCCAACACCCGGAGCGUCAGAAGGCGUAUCCCUUUUUCUCGUGUACUGCAAACAAUGUGGAACACGAGGUGAAUUCACAACAAAACAAUGCCCCCGAUGCGAUGCAUGUGAUUUUGUUCAAGAUCCACUUUUGGUAGAGAACUGGUUUGAUGAGGUUGAAGAACACGAGGCCAUGAACCACUUGCAGGCCCAUGUGUAUGACCCGUUCUACAAGAGGUGGACUGAUGCGGCAGGUCAUUUUGAGCUGCCUGAGAGUGACAAGUUGGAAGAUGGGCAUUUUGCUUAUCUUUUGAAUGCACGAGAUGAUCAUGCUGACAGACAUGCUUUGUGGAGCGCUGCUUUCAAACAUGAUGGCGAAGAAGAUUGGACAUGGUCUCACCUAUUUGAGACUCUGGACAUUGACCCUGAGACUCUUUCAGCAGAUAUGCAAGAUGACCCUGCGUGCAAAAAGAUCUUCUUCAAGCAUCAGGGCAGAGGGCCCAGAAAGAUCAGAGCCUUGCGUUCCCAGCCCGAAGCGCGAUUUCUGAGGCGUCAUGGUAGGCAUUGUUCUUCGAUUGUUGGUUGGGAUGGCACACCUCCAGAAUUGCAGCCUGCUUUUGAGAACAAUAGUUUCCUAACGGCCUACAAUGUUUUGUGCAAUGACAUCGCUUCUGAAAACUAUGCGGUUUUUGGGCCUGAUGCGGAGAUCCUCCAGAAGGAUGCAGAGUACAUGAGCUGUCAUGGCUGGGAGAAAGUCCAGCGUGAUCAGGACCCGACAGGUCCGUCUGUGUUCAACACCCACACCGACCAGAUCGUGGGACCAGAUGAUUCUAGCGAUGAGGAAGUAGCUGAACAAGAGACCUCAGGCAGGGCAACACGUCAGGCUCUCAAACGAGAAGUACCCUGGCAGAGCAUUUCUGAGACUGAUUGGCCGAAGUUUGUCUCUGCUCUUCGUGAUGAGUGGCAGGAAUGGGAAACUUGGUCAAGUUGUCAGCCGGUCGAACUCCGUGAAGGUGAAGUC